UUUGUACCGCGGCUGCCACCAGCACCGUCCGCCACCAUUGCUCAACAAAACAGUCGUUAGCGCGUUUUGUUAUUCACCUGCUGUCGUUGGACUUGAGCUGGCGGAGGAGGCCGCGCGACCCACACGCACGAGGAUGUUCACGUGUCUAUUCUCGUAGCUCAAUGAGGAUGUGUCGCUUGUGGUUUUGACGCACGCCCGCACUUCGUUUGUCGAGACGCGUAGCAGCUAGCUUGGGUUAGCCUGGGUUAGCCUGGGUUAGCUGUCCCGUGCCCUGCGUUUAAUCGCGACAACUUUUUUGUUUAAUUGGACCCGUAGUUAAUUAGGGCUGCCGCGCUGCAGGUGGUGUGUUAUCCUGUUUUCUGCACAUAGCGGAGGAUCGGAGAACUUGGGAGGAUGCUGGCGACUGGAGCAGCUGUGACUAAUGUGACAGCUCUGGCCCAGGUGGACCGGGAGAAGAUCUACCAGUGGAUCAAUGAGCUGUCCAGUCCGGAGACCAGGGAGAACGCGCUGCUGGAGCUGAGCAAGAAACGGGAAUCUGUGCCCGACCUGGCGCCCAUGCUCUGGCACUCCUGUGGCACCAUUGCUGCCCUGCUGCAGGAGAUCGUGAACAUCUAUCCAUCUAUAAAUCCACCCACACUGACGGCUCACCAGUCCAACCGAGUGUGCAAUGCCCUGGCACUUCUGCAGUGUGUCGCCUCGCACCCGGAAACACGGUCGGCGUUUCUCGCGGCUCACAUUCCUCUCUUCCUUUACCCCUUCCUUCACACUGUGAGCAAAACACGGCCGUUUGAGUACCUGCGACUCACCAGCCUCGGUGUCAUCGGUGCCUUGGUCAAAACGGAUGAACAAGAAGUGAUUAACUUCCUCCUCACCACUGAAAUCAUCCCGCUGUGUCUCCGUAUCAUGGAAUCCGGCAGCGAACUGUCCAAGACGGUUGCAACUUUCAUACUUCAGAAGAUUCUCUUGGAUGACACAGGGCUGGCCUAUAUAUGUCAGACUUAUGAACGUUUUUCCCAUGUGGCGAUGAUCCUUGGCAAAAUGGUGUUGCAGCUGUCAAAGGAACCAUCAGCACGUCUGCUGAAGCACGUUGUUCGCUGCUACCUUCGCCUCUCGGAUAAUCUCAGAGCCAGAGAAGCCCUGCGCCAGUGUUUGCCCGACCAGCUGAAAGACAGCACCUUUGCUCAGGUGCUGAAGGACGACACCACCACCAAGCGCUGGCUCGCACAACUGGUCAAGAACCUACAGGAAGGUCAAGUCACUGAUGCUAGAGGCAUCCCGCUGGCUCCGCAGUGACCAGGACAAAGUGUGUCCUGACAGCGGACACGGAGGGACUGUGCACUAAAGUCUCACAGUGUCCAUUUUGCGCUUGGCCAAAUGUGGUGCGAUUACACUGUCUGCAAACGAAAGGGACUUAAUAAAGGAGGAAGAUGUUUUGCUUUUGGA